ACAAACAAAUAAAAAUAGAAAAAGAAAUCCAAAAUAAAAAAAAUUAACUGUGUGAUUCCAUAAUUUUUCUUGGCUCAAUACACCUGAUUUUUUUAUCCGAUUCUUGAAAAAAAGUAUCGAGUAUAGAUACAUCGGUCCAAAAAAAGUAUCGAGUAAAAGUACUCGAUACUUUCCGAUUUAAAAUCGGCUUGUCGAUACAUCGGCAAAAAUCGAAGACCACUACAGUGGAGGCCAGUGCAGGCUGAAACUUGAGGUUAUAAAAUUUUACAUUGAUUAAUUGUACGUUCAUUGACAUAACAUAAGACAGAAUUGAAGAAAUACAAAUAUAAACAAAUUUCGCCAACCGAGGUUCAUAUUGAUAAAACUCAUUGGUCUACUCAUAAAUAAAAAUGCAGUGUAUCAGAAGAUGUUGGCAAAGUGUAUUGACAGGGUGCAGCUUUAGUUCAAAUCCAACAAAUCUGACAAGAUUUUCAAUACCUGGAGCAAAUUUCCAUACAUCUUCAAAGCUUUCAGAUCUAGAAGAAGAGAAAAAAGAAGGUCCUUCUAAAUGGCUUACAUAUAAUGAAAAAAUUUAUCCACCUCAAGAACUUAGUGAAAAGCCUAGACCAGCAUUUGUAUGUCACAUGAAGACAAACAUCAAAUACAGUCCAAAAACAAUGUGGUACGUCUCAGUGCUGGUUCGUGGACUUUCAGUUGAUGAAGCUAUUAAACAAUUGAGUCAUUGUUUAAAAAAAGGUGCCGUUGCUGCUAAAGAAACAAUUCUGGAAGCUCAAAAAAUGGCUGUAGAACAGCACAAUGUUGAAUUCAAAAGCAAUCUCUGGGUUGCUGAAUCAUUUGUUGGCAAAGGAAAAGUAGUAAAAGGAAUAAGAAAACAUGCUAAAGGUAGAAUGGGACGAAUUAGUUAUCGUUAUGUUCAUUAUUUUGUUCGUUUGGAAGAAGGCCAGCCACCCAAGCACUACUUUGGUCCUGAACCCAAGACGAAAGAUCAACUGCUCGAAGAUUGGAUUACCAAACAGCGAGAACGAAAAAUUGCUAAUUCAAUAUAAGACUUAUUUACUGUUAAUUAAUAAAUUGUACACUAUUAAUAAAUAUCUUAAAUAAAUAAAUGUAAAACAAAUUUUA